AUGGGUGAUUUUAGCAUUCAGAUUAGCUCCAAUCUGGUUGAUAAGCUUGUUCAUGAUGCUGAGAAGUCAAAGAGAAAACCCAGAAGAACUAAAAUUAAGGUACCACGAGAACCUCAACAGCCCCAAACGAAGACAAACCAGAAACAGGUUUCUGAUGAUUCUGAAACACUCAAGGGGACAGGUGCUAAAGGAUGGCCUCUUCAGCCUCCUAUAUUCGUGCCUGUAACCCCUCCUUCACAAUCUACCUAUGCGGAGUUAGAUGCUAUCAGAUCUGUUCUUCAAGAGAGCAGCAAGGUUCUGGAGCGGUUGCAGAAGCAGGAGGAGAAUAUGGUGCAGGAAGUGACACAAAGAGCAAAGGAACUUCGUGAUAAGGAGUUCAAGCUUCCAUUCCAGAAGCCUAUGCCCUGCUUAACGGAGAAGGAUGCUUGCUUGGCUUGCUACAAGGAGCAUGCCGACAACCCUCUGAAAUGCGCUGGUUUUGUCAAAAGUUUUGAAGAUUGUGCUCGCAGAAUUAGGCAGCAAGUGGGUUCAGCAGAGAAGUAA